UAGUAACAGACGGGUGGUGUUUUAGUGUUUGGUUGAAAUUUAGUUUUGUUUUAUUAAUAUAUUUAAUAAAACUUUAAAAAUUAGUGAAUAAAUUUAUUGAAAAGUAUGUAUAAAAUAGUGAAACAGUGUUGUAAUAUAAAAAAUUAUUCAAAAUAUGUGUUAAAAAAGAAAUAUUCUACGACACCGGUUGGCGUCCCUGCAGUUAACAAAGUGUCUUUUGAUGACUUUGUGCUGCAGCGCCAGCAAGAGGCUACUCGAAGUGUGGUCGUGCAAGUCAGUUCGGAAAAAUCGUUUCCUGAGUUAUACAACUAUUGCAGCGCCUUUGGUAAUAUAGUGGGUGCUCAUCAUUAUUGUGUAAGGCAUGAUGAUGUCCAACAUUAUAUACUGUUGGAGUAUGAAAAUCCACAACAGGCUUCCGAAGCCAUAGAUUCCUCGGCAUACAAUGAGGAAUUGAUUGGAGUGCCUGCCCGUUCACCUUUUUUGUGGUUCAGAGCCUCCGGCAAGAAGGGUUUAAAAUGUAAACCUUUAGAGGAAAGUGCAAAAUGUAAUUUAAAUGUGUUGGAUGGCAAUAAUAUAGUGGAAUUGACAGAUUUGAAUGCCACCUUAAAGGAAUGCCCACACAUAGAGCAACAAAUGUACGAAUUGUAUAAUGGCACUAAACUUAAUGAUUUGGGCAUACGUUUAAGAUUCCUCGCGGCCUAUCAAGUGCAACAAUCUAUAGUGGGUAUGUUUCCUUUGGCCAAUGCUUUGCCUUUUGGUUCCUCUGUCAAUGGUUUUGGCAAAAUGGGCUGUGAUUUAGAUUUAAUUUUACGCUUGGAUCAGGAGUGCAAAGGUCCCGAAGCUAAAAAGCGCCCUGAAUCACGUUUAGUCUUUCAUACCAAAGAGAAUCUAACCAAUGGUCGUUCCCAGACGCAAAGACAAAUGGAAAGUAUAGGUGAUAUGUUGCAACUAUUUCUACCGGGUGUGUGUCAUGUAAGACGCAUUCUGCAGGCCAGAGUACCCAUUAUUAAAUAUCAUCAUGAGCAUUUAAAUUUGGAAAUAGAUUUGUCUAUGAGUAAUCUUUCAGGUUUUUAUAUGUCGGAACUUCUCUAUAUGUUUGGUGAAUUUGAUGAACGCGUUAAACCCUUAACUUUCUGCAUACGUCGUUGGGCUAGCUGCUGCGGUCUAACCAAUCCCUCUCCUGGACGUUGGAUUUCUAAUUUCUCUUUAACCUGUCUAGUUAUAUUCUUUCUACAACAAACCAAACAACCAGUAUUACCCGCCAUUAAUACCCUUAUCAAAUCAGCCACACAAGACGACAUACGCAUAACUGAGGAUGGUAUAAAUUGCACAUUUGCGCGUGAUUUUCAAUCGUUGGGUUUUCGCAGUAAUAAUACUAGUAAAACUAGUGAAUUGCUCUUACAAUUCUUUGAGUUCUAUUCACAAUUUGACUUUCAAAAUAAAGCCAUUUCCCUAAAUGAGGGAAGAGCCAUAGCGAAACCAGAUCAUUCGGCCUUGUAUAUAGUAAAUCCCUUGGAACAGCUGUUAAAUGUGAGUAAAAAUGUUAGUUUGGAGGAAUGUGAACGUUUACGCAUAGAAGUGCGUAAUGCCGCCUGGGUUUUGGAAUCCGAAGUAGAGAAUCAAAAUGGAGAAAUAAACAAAUCACAAGAACCUUGGGGUCUGUUAAACUUAUUUAAAAGCCCCGAAAAGACCAUCAUAAGACCGAAUAUGUUUUUCAAACCACGCAUUUUAGAAGUUAGUGAUUUAUUUGAUAAAACAGAAACCACGCCCUCUACGCCCCCCGGCAAUUCUGUUACCUCUACCUCAAUGGGUUUGAAAAAUAAUCAAGUUAAGCAACAGCUAGAAAAUAUUAAGUCCAAUGCACGACAGGAUUUAAAGCAAAUGCGUUUGAGUGGUUCGGUUCCUUCGAAUGCGACGAAAUCUGCUAAAAGCUCUAAAAGAAGUAGAUGAAAGGAUAUGGAAUUUAUUUUAAGUAUGUAGUUUGGACUGACUGCCUGCCCUUGUUGGACUCUUAACUAGUAAUUAAAAUUUGUUUGUUAUUUUAGUUAUAUAAGUUUUACAAAUUAUCCUUAAAAAAAAAACAAAUAUACGGUUAAGUAAUUAUGUUGUUUUAAUUAUUUUAUGCAAAAAAGAAUGAAAAAAGUAAAGGAAACACAGGAAAUACUUACUUUAAGGACUAAUAAAUUAAAGCUUAUUUAUAACAAGUU